UUGGAGGUCUUCUUCCUCUGCAACAUAUCCAACACGAUGACUCUGAACGAGCAGACAAGUGCGCAGUCAUCUUUUAAUCUGGCAAAAGAGCGUGAAUUGUACAGAUAUCUCCCGCGCGACCAUUCCGUAUAUCCCUUCGCUCCAUUUGAUGAUGCCAGUCAGAAUACCUUUGUUGCACAACCUUCGCAAGACCAUGCUUUAACCUCCUUCGCCCACAUUGGUGCUAUGAGGCUAGGUGCCCAACGGGCAAUGAUCUCGCUCUUCGGUCGCACCCAUCAAUAUAUCCUAGCCGAGGGUACUGGAUCACCGGAUUUAGACGGUCACGACAACUUAUGGUUAGGAUGCUGUGUCUUGCCUAAGGAGAAUGGUGUCUGUAAGGAUGUUGCAAACCUCCCACUGUCGCAGCCUUCGGAUGAUCCUGCAAUUGUUGGGGGCAGCGCCCUCGUGAUACCAGAUAUGAAUGAGAGUGAGCAUAUCAAAAUCUCCAGCUUGACAAAGUGUCUUUCUAAGGCACAGUUCUACGCUGGGGUGCCGAUUGUUGGUCCUAGGGGGAUUACAAUCGGAUCAUACUGCAUAUUCGACACUGAACCUCGGCAGUCCGGGCUCGACGAAUCAUCGAUAAGGUUCAUGAAAAAUAUGGCCGCGACUGUCAUGGAAUACUUGGAUAUGGUGCAAUUGAAAAAUCAACAUACUAAGGCUAAAAAAAUGAUUUUUGGCCUGGGGAGUUUUGUGGAAGGCAAGAGUACGCUCCGCGAUUCAUGGCUUGAGGCGAACGAGCAAGAUGCUACAACGGGUCAAUCCGGGGAGACCGUAGAGGGGCAGUUGAAUAAAAAACAGCAAGAUUUACAAGAAGCACAAGAUCACUCUCCACCUCGACAGCUUCCUUAUCGCCCCUCUAGGAAAGGUCAUUCACAGCACGUUCAUUUUUCGCAUGAUUUCGUGAAGAGUCCCGCCUCGGAUGCCACAACUCCCGAUUCAGCGAUCACAUCUUCCAGCACCAACCAACUAGAUGUGGAACAAAAUGAACAGAAGAAGACGGAUGUGAAUCAGCAAGAGAAGGUGACAUUCCGAAGCUCUGUUUCGAGCGACAACAUGCCGGACGAUAUCGUUUCAGUCGCUUUACAGAAGGUAUUCUCUCGAGCGGCAAACCUGAUUCGAGAGUCCAUUGAAGUGGAAGGCGCUGCCUUCCUCGAUGCCAGAAUUGAAUCUUUCGGUGGACUCGUUGGGAAUGAACACGGUAAAGCGCGUGAAGCGUGGGCAAGGGAUGAGACAGCAAGUAGUGAGGACAGCACGGACUCAGGAACCUACGAGAGUGCGCCAAGCAUCCCGGCUCCUCCUACUGCGAGUUCUGAGGAAGACACCACCAUCUGUCGGACCCUGGGUUCUUCAACUUCACAAUCCUCCACCAUUAAUGAUGAUGGAAAGUUUGGUCCGAAGUCAGGUCACGAAUAUGCUAUUCGGGGUUCUGUGUUGAAAGCCAUCUUGAAUAGGUACCCUCAUGGGAAAAUCUUUAACUACAACGAGAGUGGGUUGUUGUCCGAUGACAGCAGCAGUGGCAAUGCCUCCAAGACCUCAACAAAAACAUCGGGAUCCAAAUCCAAAAAGAGAAGACGAAAGCCAAACCACAGACAAGAUGCCAAUGAUCUGAUCAGAGUGCUCGAGGGCGCCCGGAGCAUUAUAUUCUUGCCUAUGUGGGAUUCCCACAAAUCGAGAUGGAUUUCUGGUAUUCUUGUCUGGACUAAUUCCCCCGAACGUGUCUUUACACCUGAGAAUGAACUGGCGUAUCUUCGUGCCUUCAGCAAUAGCGUCAUGGCCGAGGUUCACCGACUAGAUGUGGAGAUGGCGGAAAAAGCCAAGACGAACUUGGUCAGCAGCAUUUCACAUGAACUGAGAAGCCCCCUGCAUGGCAUUCUCGGAACCUCAGACAUAUUGAGCGACACAGCCAUGAAUGCACUUCAACAAGGAAUGGUUCAUACGAUCGAAUCUUGUGGACGCACCCUCCUUGAUACUAUAAAUAAUCUGCUGGACUUCACUUACAUUGAUAAGUUCAAGAACAAGCAUGAUUCAACGCAUAGACAUGGCCGCCAUGCAAAGCAACUCGAGGAUCCAGGUCAGGAUCAAGUAAAACUUAAGGACAAUCCGCCGGGCAGCAGCGAGAAUGGCUGUGCGGCCGUCCAGCUGGAUUCUGUCCUAGAGGAAGUGGUAGAGAGCGUCUUUGCUGGUCAUAGCUUCUACCAUCACCCUCGUGCACAACCCCGACAAGUGAACAACGGUGUAUCGGAAAAAGUUGUCCUUCCAUCUAAACAAGUGACCAUCAUUUUAGACAUCCAUGAGGCCACAGAAUGGAAAUUCUUCACACAGGCUGGUUGUUGGCGCCGCAUUUUGAUGAACGUCUUCGCCAAUGCACUGAAGUAUACAACUUCAGGUUUCAUAUAUGUGGGGCUGAAGGCCGCCGAAGUACCUCGUCAAGGAAGCCACGACUCCAAUGGACCUCAAGGUCCCAAUAUCCAAUAUAUGGUCACCUUGACUGUCAAGGACACUGGCCGGGGCAUUGAUGCUGAUUACCUGCGAAAUGGCUUAUUCACACCCUUCUCACAAGAGAAUACCCUGGUCCCUGGGAGUGGACUGGGAUUGAGCAUUGUUCACCAAGCGCUUGGUUCUCUCCACGGUUCUAUUGAAGUCAGUUCUCAGAGAAAUCGAGGAACGAAGAUAUCAAUUGAAGUUCCUAUGAGUCAUGCCACCACACCAGAUCCGUCUGAUGGAUUUUCACCCAGCGCAGCAUUCGAUUUAAUAAGGAAUCAAGCUCAAGGAAAAACCAUCGGUCUUGUUGGAUUUGGCUCAUCGCUUGCAUUCGAGCGAGAUGCCACUCUCUACAAUUCUUUGGAGCGGCUGUGCCAUGACUGGUUCCAUCUCACGGUCAAGAAUGUGUCUCUUCAGGGCGACAUCACCCCCUGUGACUUCUAUCUGAUGGUGCAUAGCGAUCUUGAUAGUCCAGACGCGGAAGACAGCCAGCUACUGAACCUUGACCAGGCGAGUAAGUUAUCUCCGCUGGUGGUCGUCUGUCAGUCUCCCGAGGCCGCGCACAACAUGUUUGCGCGUGCCAUGAGCCGAAGCCAAGAUUCCGUUGUUGAGUUUAUAAGCCAGCCUUGUGGACCCCGCAAACUUGUGAAGGCUUUGGAGUUAUGCAUUCGUCGACUGGAUGGUCAAGAAUCCAAUAACGCUGAAGAGACUCGAUGGGUUGAACUGCCAGAAUCUUCUUAUCUGCCGCUUGACAUUGGACCAAGAAACGCACCCGGCGACAGAAUGAAAAUCAGCAAACGACCUACGGCAGAGCCCAUAGUGAACCAGGAUAGCGAAAAUUCGAACACCUCUUCUAAAGGUCGAAUCCAGAAGGAUGUUUCCGCCCCACAGAGAGUUUUGUCUUCGGGGAAUGUUUCAGAAAAGAGCCCAGGCAGCUGUCGUCCGUCGGUAUUACUGGUCGAAGACAACCCUAUCAACCUGAAUAUCCUCGUUGCCUUCAUGAAGAAAGAAGGUUGGGACUGCACAACAGCAACGAAUGGACUGGAGGCCGUACAGAAAUUCCGAGCUCAUCCUGGGAAGUUUGGAUUGGUUAUCUUAGACAUCUCGAUGCCUGUCAUGGAUGGCUUUGAAGCCAGUCAAAAGAUUCGGCAGUCUGAAAGGGAAUAUUUCGACUCAACUCUUUCUCCAAAGCCAUCCUGGUACCCAGUUACCAUUGCGGCUUUGACAGGGUUGGAUAGUGAUGAUGCUCAGCAGGAGGCAUUUGCAUCUGGAAUCGAUUCAUUCCUGAUAAAACCGGUAAGUCGGCAGAACAUACAGUCCUUACUUGAGAGGCUCGGUGCGUGAUAUAGCGACGAGGGCUGGUACACGAGACCUAGUUAGCAACGAAAUCACCUGACUAUGAUAUACCUACCUAGGUAGGUAGCGUAUCACUACUACUAGGCCUUGGUGAGUGUAUAAUAAAAGCUUUAUAUUAGGGCUAAGCGAGUGCUUAGCGAUUAUAUAAUAGAUUCUCUAUACCUAGGUAUAACUAGCUAGUAACUAGUACUAUCUAAUAGAAACUAUACGAUCC